AUGUUAUUCCAAUCUUCAAAUACAGAAAGUAUAGAGUGCCCUAUAUCAACACGACUAGAAGCAUGUUCGGUAUCAAUGGUGAAAGGGUGUCCUGGUAUUCCCCGAAGCAUACCAAGAAUAGAUACUGUCUUAAAUAUCAGAUCAAUUAACGACUCACCAUUUAUUGUACGUUCUGUUAAAGUGCAACUAAUUACGAAACAAAAGGUUCUAGUUCCUACAAAGUUUGGAAGCAGUGAAUCUUUAAAGGAGUUUAUUGUUUAUCAGGAUCCUUUGGCUUAUCUACCACCAAUGGAUCAAUUUUAUCAGAUAUUGCAUGGUUUAGAUAUUCCGAUUCUUAUACCUAUCCCCAGAGACAUCACACCUUCGGCCUACUCGCCAACAUUUGGAGCAACAACUCAGCAUAACUUAGUGGUGAUGGUUUCAUUAGGUAAGGAUGCUGCUUCUGAAGUUACGUUUACAGACAGUUUUCCGGUGGAUAUUAAGAUGUAUGAUACUUUACCGAUUUACAGACAGUAUAAUGAACCAAUAAUGGAAAUAUACAAUUCAUCAGAUAACCAAGUAUUGGUAGAAGCAACAGUGCCUGUAACAUCUGUUGGGCCCAAAGAUGAAUUGAGUGUUGUUUGUGUUGUGAAGACUAACUCAGCCAACAACAAGGUGAAGAAGAAUAUUACGCUUAAACAAUUAACAUUUCAAGUUAAAGAAGUAAUUGAAUGUUUUGAUGGAGGUCUACCUCCAAAAAGAGAAUUCAAAUUACAUACUGAAUCCAAGUACUACACUAAGGAAUUGAAUAGUCAAGGGUUGAAACAAACUUUUAAAAUCAAUUUUCCGUACGAGAAUGAUUACUUACAAAUGUUCUCUCCACCACCAGAAGUAGAAAUUGAAAGCGAAGUGGCAGAAGAUUUUGCUACAACAAUCAUAGAAUCAACUAAUAUAUCAAAACUAAAAACUAUAGAUAAACUACCCGAAGGGGUGCCUGUAACAAAUAUUCAAGGAUUCACAUUACUGGGGGCUUUUUAUUCAAUUUGGUUUGAAAUUGUAAUUAAAGUGAAGUUAUCUCAUGCCAAAGACAUUAAUAUUCAUAUUCCUAUCAUUGUUUCCCCAUUUGAUAAAGAAGCCAGUAAGUAUUUACUUGACUGGAUUAUGCUAGAAUGCGAAAUAGCCAAGGCCCAGUUUGGAAAAGAGUUUAAUCGAACAUAUUCAUCGACAACAAAAUAUGCAAAUAUGAUAAAACUUCUAGACAAGUAUAGACAACCGCCAACUAUUUAUGAUCAACAAAAACACAAGAUACGUACAUCUAACUCACACCAAUAUUUGGAUUUGUAUAUAGAUUAA